AUGACGCAAAAGAAGCGCGAACUCGGAAGCGACUCCUCCGACGAGGAUACGCUGCCCUUGGGAGCCAAGCGCUUCAAGCAGUGCAAAGUUGAGCCCGAAGCCGCUGUUGCGGUUUCGGCUGCAGGUGCCGCCGAAGGAGGCGAGCCUGCUAAGGUCGAGAACGGUGAUUCGAAAUUCCUGGUGAAAGAGGCCGUGAGCUGCAGCAGCAGUACAACCACUACCACGGGCAGUUGCAGCACCAACGGCAGAGCAGACGACUCAGCAGGAGCUGCACAGGGCAGCACUGCCAGGGGAGUUGCAGUGAAGGGCUCUUUGGCCGCUGCUCUGAGCAACGUAAAAACGGAUGUCAAGGAUGGAGAAAUGCCGAAGGCAGCCGCAGCAGGCACUGCAACGGGAAUAUCACGGCCGUCAGCUUCUCCUUCACCUGUCGGCGCUCGCCGCAGGAACAAGUAUACGAAGACGGAAGAGAACUUUGAGCCGAUUUCCCGAUGGUGGGAGAAAGAUCUUUCGCAACUUGAAAACAACGUCGUUCAGUGGCAAUAUCUUGAACACAACGGCAUGAUUUUUGCGCCUCCUUACGAGCCGCACGGCAUCGGCAUCAAAUACAAAGGCCAGGAGGUUUCGCUUCCGCCGGAGGCGGAGGAAGUCGCAAACUUUUGGUGCGGCGUCCUAGAGAGCGACUAUGCGACAAAGAUGCGCUUCGUCAAGAAUUUUUGGCGGGCGUUUCUCUCCAAGUUGCCAGCUGAUCACUUGAUCAAACAAGACCCCAAGCACGCGACUGUUCGCUUGGUGGACACGGAGGCUGACGGUGGUGCCGCUGCUGCUGCUGGCGAAAAUUCCGCUGCUGCUGCAGCGGCUGCAAGAGCGCCCGCGGCAGCAGCAGCUGAGGCGUGUGGUUUUGAGGCAUGCGACUUUUCAAAGAUAAAGCAGCACCUCGACACGCUGAAGGAGGCCAAGAAAAAUCUGUCCAAAGAGGAGAAGGAGGCACUGAAAGCGCAGAAGGAUGCCGAGGCAGCGCCCUUCGCCUUUGCUCUCGUGGACUGGCUGCGAGAGAAAGUUGGCAAUUGCAAGGCUGAGCCUCCAGGUCUUUUCCGAGGUCGCGGCGAGCACCCUAAACAGGGCAUGCUGAAGCGCCGCAUCUUCCCAGAAGACGUCAUUCUAAAUUUGGGAGAAGAUGCUCCGGUUCCCCGCGCUCCUGACAUGCCUGGGCACUGCUGGAAGGAUAUUGCACACGAUUGCAGAGUCACUUGGCUCGCCUUCUACAGAGACUCCAUCAACGACCAGGUCAAGUACAUGUACUUGGCAGCACAGUCGGGUUUCAAGGGUCAACAGGACUUUCUAAAAUACGAAAAAGCGCGCCGACUGAAGCACUAUGUCGUGAAGAUCAGAGAAGAUUACUACAAAAAGAUGCGGAGUGCAGACCCGCUGGAUCGGCAGCUCGGCACUGCCACGUAUCUCAUCGAUUUCCUUGCCCUUCGUGUGGGCGGAGAGAAGGACACAGACGAGGAGGCUGACACCGUGGGCUGCUGCAGUCUACGGGUUGAACACACGACGCUGAACAGCGAAACGGAAGAAGUUACGUUUGACUUUCUUGGAAAAGAUUCCAUCCGAUACUUCAACACCGUUAAAAUAGAUUCGCAAGCCUUCAAGAACUUGGUAGGGUUUUGCCGCGGGAAAAAGCCAGAGGAAGAUGUCUUCGAUCGCAUUAAUAGCACUUCGCUGAACAAUCACCUGAAGCAGCUGAUGCCAGGCCUUAGUGCGAAGAUGUUUCGCACGUACAAUGCCAGCAUCACUUUGCAGCAAGAGCUGCAAAAGCUGCAGCCGACAUUGCGAAAGUUCAAGGAGGAAGUCGAGACGGAGCACCAGAAGAAGAUGAGCAAGGUGAAGGGAAAAAAGACGGUCAAGGCAGAACAGGAGGCCGCAGUAGCUGUUGCUGCAGCGGUAGCAACAACAACUUCGGAUGAUGAUGAAGACGUGCCGCUAGGUUGCAUCAGCGCGAAAAAGGAAAAGAAAGUUACCCCCGUCUUGGACGUUAAUCUCUCUGACGUCAAUCAGCUCGUGCAAGCCGUUGCAAUUCUUUGCAACCACCAGCGCUCCGUCCCGAAACAACAUGCGGCCUCCAUGGCACGAUUAGAGCAUCAGCUGCAAGCCAUCGAAGAGGACCUUCGCGAGCUGAAGGCCUUUCAGCAGCACCUCAAGAAAAACAAAGGAGCAGCCAAAGGCUUCAAGUUUCACUCCGACUUUGUUAGUCUGAAAGGAGAGCCGCGGAAAUCUGUAGUGAGAGACGGGAUGAGGGAAGAAGCGGUCACCAAGAAGAUUGCACAAGUAGAGAAGAAGAAACAGAGCCACUUGGUGCGGAUGAGGAUGAAAGACGAUAACAAGACUGUAGCCUUGGGGACGUCUAAGAUCAACUACAUGGACCCUCGUAUCACGGUGGCAUUUUGCAAGCAAUAUGAGCUGCCUAUCGAGAAGGUGUUUAACAAGAGCUUGCGCCUCAAGUUCCCCUGGGCCAUGUUCGCUCCUUCGAAUUUCAUUUUUUAA